GUUGCCUGGGCGAUGGGCUUGCAGCUUGUCAACCGCACGAUCCAGUUACUGUAGUCGCUUGCUGCAAUGAAAACAUCGUCGUUGGUGGGUGGAUGUAUGUCUGGGCCCGGUUCCAUCAUUUUUUGCCCCCCAAAAACACUGACUGAGUGAAAGUCGAGAAGGCAUGAGGUCCAUGUUAUGGAUUACAGCAGAUGUGGCCGUCUGUGGGGCCGCCAGCUGGCCGCCGCAUGCCAUCUUGUAGCCAGGGCCCCCGUGCCUGAGCUCCAUGCACCUCACACAUCAUACCUUUGACUUCAUGAAGAUUCCUGACAUCUGUGAUGUAAUGAAUAAAUUUGAAGUCCUUGGGAUUGUGGGUGAAGGUGCUUACGGAGUUGUUCUGAAGUGCAGACAAAAGGAAACCAAUGAAAUUGUGGCUAUUAAGAAAUUCAAGGACAGUGAAGAAAAUGAGGAGGUUAAAGAAACAACACUACGGGAGCUUAAGAUGCUCCGCACCCUCAAGCAGGAGAACAUCGUCGAGCUCAAAGAGGCCUUCCGCAGAAGAGGGAAGCUCUAUCUUGUCUUUGAGUAUGUGGAGAAGAAUAUGCUUGAGCUGCUUGAGGAGUUACCCACCGGUGUCCCGACCGACAAAGUGCGCAGCUACAUCUUCCAGUUAAUCAAAGCUAUUCACUGGUGCCAUAAGCAUGACAUUGUUCACAGAGACAUAAAGCCAGAAAACCUCCUCAUCAGCUCCGAUGACGUCCUCAAGCUGUGCGACUUUGGUUUUGCUCGUAAUCUCUCUGAAGGGACGGACGCCAAUUACACCGAGUACGUGGCUACGAGAUGGUACCGCUCUCCAGAGCUCCUGCUCGGGGCUCCUUACGGGAAGGCGGUGGACAUGUGGUCGGUGGGCUGCAUCUUGGGCGAGCUGAGCGACGGGCAGCCCCUGUUCCCAGGAGAGAGCGAGAUCGACCAGCUCUUCACCAUCCAGAAAGUGUUGGGACCUCUCCCUCCAGAGCAGAUGAAGCUCUUCUAUAACAACCCCCGCUUCCACGGGCUCAGGUUUCCUGCUGUAAACCACCCCCAAACUUUGGAGCGAAGGUACCUGGGGAUCAUCGGCGGAGGCCUGCUGGAUCUGCUGAAGAACCUGCUCCUGCUCAACCCGACGGAGCGCUUCCUCACGGAGCAGUGCCUGAACCAUCACGCCUUCCAGACACUGCGGCUGGUGGACCGGCCCGGCCCGCCCACGCCCACACCUGUACGCUCGGCCAAGAGGAAGCCUCACCACGGCGACAACACCACCCCCAGCAGGAGCCACGGGGGGAAGAGCUCAGGAAGCCACCGGUCCAGCAACAGGGAGAGCUCCAGCUUACCCCGACAGGAAGACAUCCUCCCAGGCAACGACAGCUUCCUCAACGGCAACAUGUCGGCGGCCAUCAACCUCAGCCCCACCCUGCAUCCCAAGAACUACCAGCCGCAGAUCUUCAACCACUCCACCGCCUACAGCAUGGACCUGGCCGGCAGCAACCUGCCUCACCUGCUCAGCCCAGGCGAGGUCAAGGGCAAAGGUGACUUCGAGAUCAGUCUGGGAUCCAAGGUGCUGGACGGACCCGGAGCCAAGUACCUCAAAUCCAACUUCCGCUCACAGCAGAACCGCCACUCCUUUGUGGAAGGCAAGACCAACACGUUGCAGUCGGGGGACAAACACAACCGACACAACUACGUGGACUCCCACGGUUCUGCGGCCUCCUCCUCCAAGUUCGGCUACCUGAACCUGUCCAAGAGCUACGGCACGCUCAGCGACGCCAAGUCGGUGGGAAACCUAAACGACGUGCAUCUGUAUGCCGACGAGCCCACGUCGCGCUACUUCCCGUCCAGCUGCCUCGACCUGACGGCUCCCAGCAGCCCGGCGUCCCGCAGGUUGGAGCGGCUCGGGCCCGGCACGACCGGCCGAGGGGGCAUGCGCUCGGAGAGAGAGAGCAACACGCUGGACUCCUCGUACAGACGCUCGUCCACCCGCCACAAGGCCUCGGAGGAGGCCAAGUCGCCCGAUUCCCUGGACCCGGGAGACGGCAGCACGGAGAGGAGCCACGGCCACUCUCUGUCCGCGCAGCGCGACCCUCUGUCGUACGGUCAGGGCUACACCAGCCCUUUCUCCUCGCAGCAGCGGCCGCACCGCCACUCCAUGUACGUGCGUCGGGAUCACCAGAGGACGCACGGCGGAGACGAGGGCCUGCUGGUCGGCCAGGGAAUCCCCACCAGAGCCAGCAGCCUCCAGCUCCUGUCGCCCCAGCUCCAGCACCGCACGCUGCCGCGCCACUCCGGGAGCUCCUCCAGGGAGGACGACAUGAGCAGGAGCGAGCAGGCACCCACUGAAGUUCCCCACAGCAGACCCCCAAUAAGGGAUUCCACCAGGGACAACACUGCAUCUUUUCACACACAGCGGCAAAAAAGCGAGGUUGGCCUGUAUCAUGACCAGCAAGCAGAAGACGGAGGUUCCUCCAAGGAGAAUCGCAACAUCUACAGUGAAUCCAUGCCCAGGAGGGUGGGCAGCUUCUACAGAGUGCCAUCUCCCCGGCCAGACAACUCCUUCCACGACAGCAGGGGCCCGGGCCGGGAGUCCGGCUUGUCUGGGGACGGCAGCAGUUUGACAAAUCACUCCAAGCGCCAGCCUGCCUUCGACCCCUGGACUGGCCCAGAUACUGUGGUCCUGAAUGCGUCCGAGCCAUCCAAAGAGAAGGAGAAGCAGGGUUUCUUUAGAGCAAUAAAAAAGAAAAAGAAGAAAACUCAAAUGGCUGCCAGCGAAGGCAUCGACACAGUCAUCCAGAAGAGCUCCAGGUCUUCUGGUCACCAGAGCAGCCGCCACAGGAGCCGCGACAAGAGCAGAGACCGCAACCAGGAACGAGACCGGGACAAGGACUGGCCACGGGAGAAACUCUCCAAUUCACACUCUCCAAGUCAGCCCCUGAAGUCCCUGCGUAAGCUGCUGCACCUCUCCUCCUCCUCCUCCAACCAGACGGCGUCCUCCGACAUGCGCUACCAGCCGCUGCCUAACUCGGCCUCCGCUCAGGGCGGUUUCUCCGAGAGCCGGGGUCACUCAGGGGUCAGCACGCCCCAGCUCAAGAGCCGACAGGGAGCCUACCCGCUGCCGGGCCAGCUGGAGCCCGGCUGGCACUCGUCGGCCCUGGGGCGGCCCGAGGGCAACCCUUACCCGGAGCAAAUGGGCGUCAAGGGGGGCCAGAACGGGCACGGCUUCGGACGCCCGUCCCGGUCGCGCAUGCCGAACCUCAACGACCUGAAAGAGACAGCGCUGUAGUCGUCGGCCCCUCGCUCUCCUCCCGCCUCGGCGUCCCGCUUCCCUUCUGUUGCUCCUACACCUCUGACCCCCAUAACUGGGUGCACAGACUCAACACACACACACACCAAAACACCAAACCUUCUGUCGUCAACACUGCUUGCAAACGGGCCAAAAGGCUUUUUAUGUCGUAAUUUUUUUUAAGCUUCCAUGUUUGAUAGACUUUAUAUUAUUAUUACGUCUGUAAUUCUGAAAUCAGAUUUGUAUUAUAAAGUAAAUAUGUUACAAAUUCAGUAUAUAUAUAUAUAUAUAUAGGUAAAGUGUAGAUUUUAAGUGUAAGUAUUUUUUUGCUUUUAUUAAAUAUAGAAAUAUGGUACAUUUUACUGUGUAGUAUUAACUUAAGAUUAAAUUAAAGCAUUCUGAACACAUCAAGUCGAGCCAGUUGUCACAGCAGAGACAGGUCACAUCAGAACUGAUGUCCCUCUCACCCAGGAGAGGGACAUCAUUCCUUUCAGGCGAGUCGCCUUUUGGAUAUGCUCUGUCAUUGUCGUGCUACUAAAAAAAAGGAAAAAAAGAAACGAAAAUCCCAACUGCACCAACAGUGAAAUGGUCUAAACAUCAGACUGCUCAUUUGUAGGACAUUAAGGUUAUUGUGUCUUUAUGAACUGCGGCCAUUUUAGAAAUAAUGUAACCGUAAACUAAACUUCUAUACUCUGACCUACACCGCCCUCUGUAGGUCACGAUAGGACACUGCAUUGACUGUUUUGUUAUUCCUGCUUCAGAUCUGAAUCAGUCUUACGCAGUUCAAAUGUUUUUGAGAUCAUUUUGGUAGAAGCGUUUAAAUUUGAGCAGUUCAUUAAACUUGCUGUGCGUUGUGCACAUUUUAGGGAUGCAGUUAAUAGUGGAGGACAUCUGAAGCUGAUGAUGAAGAUUUUUUAUUUUUUUUUUGGCGAAUAAAAGAACCUUCACAGUGGCUCGACUUCAGUCCGUUUUAGAAAUGAACUCACUCCAAACUCUCCAACCCCAUACCUGCCGUAGAAAUAAGAGAAAACGUUUCUGACUCGCUGUAAGAAAGUGUUUUUACAGCAGCUAGAGGAUCAUAAAAGCCAUUCAUACUGGUGCAGUGACUCUCAAAGAAACACUCUGUGUUUUUUUAGGUGGAUAUUAUCAGUAUUUUAUCUUUUAAUUCUUAAGGUCUGAGCAGUUUAUUUGCCCUUUAUUUGCAUCAGUGUUGUCACAUUCUGCUAAAAGUAGCAAUGCGUGUGCUACUUCCAACCUCUUUCAGCCUUUUUUACCAGGACUUUCUGCUCUUUAUUUUUUGUUAUUAUUUGCUAUUUAUAAUUUAUAAAUUAUUUGAGCAACUAUUUCAUCUAGUUAUUCAGCCAUAGCACCCUUAUAGUUGUUGGCAACCUUGAUAAAGAUGUGUAAAAAAGUCUUUGAAUGAAUUAUGUUCCUUUAAUGGCAUAAUCUUACAGGGAUUUUUUUUUUUUAAGUCAACUUUUACAUUUAAUAUAUUUAUUCAGAGAGUACAGAAAGGUCUACAUUAGUACAGAAUUGUUUUUGACAAAAUUAUCAUUGUUGCUGCUGGUACCUCUGAACUUAAAGUUGAUCAGAAUUUUAUAAAAGAAAUCUUCUAAUCUUCACCUCCCAUCUUCAUGGGAUGGCACCGAGGCCCAAUUCCUCUUAACUCACGCAGAGCAAAUCUCCACUGUUCACCUCUUGCAGAGCAUCCAGGAGCGUCAUGUUUUCAGUCUCCCCGUCUCCAUGACAACCAUCGCACGCUCUCCACACACCAAACUGUUAUGUGUGAGUAAUGCCAGAGAAAAGCCGUUUCUGGCGAAACACAACAAAACCGGCGACUUCACCUGGAACCACUUGUUUAUGUUGGAGGAGAUUCAGAUGAAGCUUUUCACCAGUAAACACUCCAUGUGGAGUAGUAAGAAAUAAAAAAAUUUAAAUAAGCACCUCAUACUCACUGUAUUGUAUAGUGGAGGAUCUACGAUGCUGUCCGCUGCUUUUGUCCUCUCAAGAACAUUAAAAGUGCUUAAUGCAAUUAGCUAUUACAAAAUGAGAAACAGUUAAUUGCAUUGAAACUAGAGACACAAGCAAUCAAUCGACUUACAAUUAACUGGCUUAAGUUAGUUCAAACGGAUUAACUGAUAAAGUCCACUUAGACCUUUUUUUUUUUUUUUUUUUUUUUUUUUAGUUUUGUAGUUUGGCCUCCAUCCAGCAGAGGGCGAUGCUGGUGAACGCUAAGCGGAGUCAGUCGAUACAGUAAUAAAAAUGGCGGUGGCACGCCAGAACGGGAGUGUGGGACGCAAAAGCAGCUUCAUGCGGUUCUGUUUCAAAAUAUGAACACAAAAUAAUGCUAACAUUUAACAAUGUUCUUCUUAAAUUCAGCAUAUUGUUAAAAAAUUUUGCCCUUUAUGUUGAUACAAGAAAAUCUCAAGUUUUUAAGAAAAUGGCCGCUAGUCAACUAAACGUUAUAGUCGAUUGGUAAGAGCAAUCAACUUCAGAUUAACUAAUUAUUUUUGAUAACUUGUACUCCUAAUUGAGGCCUAAAUGGCCCAUAUUUACAGUCAUAGCAAUAAUCAGAAAGGAGGUGACAACCCCAGUUUACCAU